UUAAGUUACUUGCAUGCAAUUUUGAACAAAAAAUUUCAAACUUAAGUACAGUGAAGAUAAUUUCUUAUCUUUCUUGUUUGGGGACCCAAAUUUGGCAGCGAAGAUGCUGAGAGUUAAGCGAAGAGCUAGAUACUUAAAUGGACAGCAAAAAAAUGGUAAGAGCCUAAAGAAAGUAUCCAGCAUCUUGACUGAUUGUAAAGAUACGGCGGAGAGCAUCGAGCAAAAACUUUGUUGGACGGAACUCGGUCAAGAACUUGCUACCAAGUUUUCCGCAAGCAUUGUCUCGCUUGCUUCAUAUGAUGGAGACAAGCUGCAUUAUAAAAGCACAGGCAUAGUUGUUGAAAACAGUUUACGUAACACAUCUAUUCUCACCUCGUCAGCUUUGGUUAGCACAUCAGAUAGUGGACGUAGGUUCAUCUUUGGACUGAAGAUAAAAUUGCGCCUUCCAAAUAACCAAGUGGUCGAUGGGUGGAUACAACAUUCUGUUUUGCCUUUCAGUAUGGUUAUGGUGGUCACUACAUAUUCCCCUGAUCUUCGUACAGUAUGUUUCAGUAACAGCGUGCAAGUUCAGCGGCAUACUGAUUUGUUAGCUCUCAAGCGUUGUUUCCAGUCAGGCAAGUUAAUGCAAACACAUGGGGUACCAAGUGAUGAUCCAAGUAAAAUUGACAGCAAAGGGCGUAUGUUGUCCACAUGCAAAAUUACUAUGGAUGGAAGUGGUGGUCCACUUGUUGAUCCUGAUGGGAAUAUUGCUGGGAUGAAUGACUACCAUGAUCAGGAAGGAACUCCAUAUGUGCAAGGAAAUAAGAUUGAUGAAUGUUUGAGGGUUGCUCGGAUAAGUAGGGAGGAAAUGCAACGAAAUUACUGGCAAAAUCUUUCCAGUGCUUUAAGGCGCCAUCUAGAAGGUAGCUCCAAUCAAAAUGGCUGUAGUGGGGGAAAUGAAAAUAAUAACCAGAAACAAGUUUUAUCUUCUAUCCCUGAGCCACAAGCACUAGAAUUCAAUGAGGAUGCACCUACACCAGAGCUCAUUGAUGACGAACAUAAGCGUGUUCUAGCUCCCUGGCCAUCUAAUGGCCUUACAAAGAUGAUAAAUGAUCAAUUAAAGUCUGAUGGUUAUCCCUUACCAGUUUAUGCUGAUGGAGGCAUGCGUUUGGAAGCUAAUUUUGAAGAGAAAUUUGGCACAGAUAUCUUGAGUGAACCUGCUAGAAGAAUUACUUUAAAGAUGUCUCGGAGUGUUGUUGCACUCGCUUCAUUCAAUGGUGAUUUAAUGUUAUUAGGAAGGCAUUUUGCUUGCACAGGUGUAUGUAUAGAAUUUGAUGGAUCGACAUCCACCACAAGAGUUCUGACUUCAGCAAGCUUGGUUAGAACUUCUGGUGAUGAAAACGAGAUUGUUGAUAACCUAGAGAUUAAAGUGUGUCUUCCAAGUGAGCUGUGCAUUAUAGGGAAAUUAGAAAAAUAUGAUUUCUGCUAUAAUGUUGCUGUUAUCAGCAUCCCCAUGUUUCGCAGUAAUCGACCAGCAAUAUUGGUUGAUGCACCUCAAACUGAGGUAUUAGCUCUUGGCCGUGUCUUUAAAUCAGGCAAGAUUAUGGCUGCAGAGGGGUCAGUGACUGGCGAACGAUGUAAAUUUGGUUGCAAAGAGCUUAAGAUCUCCACCUGUAAAAUCACCAAGGCUGGAAUUGGAGGGCCCAUUGUUGAUUUUAAGGGGAAUGUUGUUGGCAUGAACUUCUAUGACACGGAAGGAACUCCUUACCUGCCAAGUAAGAUAAUUAUGAAAGUAUUGAGGAGUUUCGAUGCAGAGCGGCCUGUUGCUGCUGGUAUUACAAAGAAGCCUAUUUCUCGUUGGCCGUUGCCGAAGCCAUAUUGGUAUUACCCGAGUGGACAUCGUCACCGUACAGUCGUAAGAUUGAACCAAUGAUUGCUCAAGACGCACCCAAAGAGUGGUUUGCUCAAAUGACAAUGACAUAUAUGAUAUCACAA